GAAACGCGCUAUCCUCCGCCAGGGAGCAACAACAACCUGUGUGAUGCACCACUAGGCCAACGAUGAACGGCAACGUGUUGUACCGAUCGACCGGAAGUGCAUAUUCCAGGCGAGAAAAGGAAAAAGGUAAAAAAAAAGGAGAGGAGAGAGGAUCGAUGUCGCAGUGGAAGACUUGGCGAAGGAAGUCUCCGGCCGGGUCCAUCAGAAACUCAGAAUUUGCCGUUCCCAUCGGUGGCUUAAGUUUAGGUUGGGACAUGUCUCGCGGUGGUGUGGAGACGUGUGACAGUGCCUCGAUCGAUAUCUUCCUGCGUAUGCCUUUGGAAUGGAACCGGCCAGCCCGUGCACAUGAGCUUGUGACAUGCCGGCUGCGUGGACGACUUCGCCUCUGGUGGUGUGACCCAGCCGCGUCGAUCAAGCUGCCGACUCCGUUAGCAUCUGCAGUAGUUCUAGUGCUAAUUCUCUAGUCCAGAUACAUUCUUCCUUUUCUCUUCGCGUCGUUGCGUAGCUCUUCGCUGUUAAACGCGCUAUCCACAUCAGGAGCGAAUCAUCGAUCACAGCGUUUAACGUACGUAUGAUCUGGGUUGGUUCGAAGGUUCCUAUAACGACUCGAUCUCUUCUUGCAUAACUACCUAUAGCUCCGACCUGCCGCAGUCAACAGCGUACGUAAUACACAGAGUUGCUUCUUUAUCUUGUUUUUCGAUCGAGCGUGUGCGUGUGUGGUUCUGGUCAUGCCCGGGUCGUCAUGGCUCGCCGGCCUGCGGUCUCGGCUCAGCGGCGGCAGAGAGAGAGAGGACGGGCUAGGCAUCCUGGCCUUCGAGGCGGCGGCGGCCAUGUCGCGGCUGGUGUCGCUCCACCGGUCUCUGUCCGACGCGGAGGUCCGGAGGCUCCGCGGCGACGCCCUGCGCGCCGAGGGCGUCGCCCGCCUCACGUCCACGGACCAGUCCCUCCUGCUCCGGCUCGCGUGCGGCGAGCUCGUCGCGGACCUCGACCGUGCCGCCGGCACCGCCUCGCGCCUCGGGCACGCGCGAUGCCCGGACGGCGAGCCGCUCCUCCGCGACUUCGACCGCGUCUACGCCGAGGCGAAGCGCGGCAGCCUCGCGCGCCUGGACGCCACGGCCGGGUUCUCCUUCUCCAGGGGCGCGGGGAAGCGGUUCAGGGAGAUGGAGCGGCACGUGGCGGCCACGGCCAAGCUGUACGCGGAGAUGGACUCGCUCACGGAGCUGGAGUCCUCGGAGCGGCGGAUGGAGCAGUGGAGGCAGCACAGCGGGCCCAUCAUCCCCGCGCAGUCCGCCAACUCCAAGAGGCAGCAGGAGCCGAGCGAGAAGCUGGUGCGCGAGCUCAGGCUGCAGCGGCACAAGGUGCGCCGGCUCAUGGAAGGCUCGCUCUGGAGCGUCGCGCCACGCAAGGCGGCGAAGCUCAUGGCCAAGUCGGUGCUCGCCGUGCUCGCGCGCAUCUCCGUCGCCUUCGGCGCGUCCGUGCCGGGCCUGCCGCUCCCGCCUCUGGCCGCAGGCCGGCAGGCGUCAUGGGCGCUCGGCCACUCGUCCGGGCCCUUGCACCGGCUGACUGCGACGCCUGCCGACGCGGCGAUCCGGCAUUCGGCUCCCAUCUUCCGGCCGAAAGACGCGGCCAUGCCUGCGUCAGAGUCGCUCAAGCCGGCCGCGACCACGGUCGGAGGCUCCGGGAUGGAGCUGCUCUACGCGAACGUGAUCGUGUCCGCCGAGACGCUGCUCAAGGCGCUGAGGCCGGCGAUCCGCAACGAGGAGGUGGCGCAGGACGGGCUCGAGCUGUCCAUGAGAGACGAACUGUACAAGAUGCUGCCCGUGACCAUCCGCGCGGCCGUGAAGGCGAAGCUGAGGGAGAGAAGGAGAGAGCAACGGCAGAUGGACGAGGAGGCUGCGGCGGCAGCCAUGGACGCGGUGGAGAGGGUGCUGCGGUGGCUGGGCCCGAUGGCGCGUGACACGCAGCGGUGGCACGACGAGAGGAGCAUGGAGCGCGGGCAGCGGUUCAGCAUGCGCCCGCGCGCGCCCAUGGUGCAGACUCUGCAUUUCGCGGACCGCCGCAAGGCGGAGGCUGCCAUCGUGGAGGUGCUCGUCGGGCUCAGCUGCGCGUGCUGGUACGACGAUGAACGGCGCCGGCCGGCCGGCUGGGACGAGUAGAUCACUGCGCUGCGGGUACAUGUGUAAAUAUCAUACGUAUACGUAGUGAGUAAAGGAAAUGAAUAUAGGAAAAUCAUUUGUGUGCAAGAAAUUGCACAGUUGUCCAAUUAUUACUAUGUUUGCAAUUGAUGUUCUGCUGAUUUGGUUAA